AGCGCCCGAGCUGCGGUCAGAGCCCAGCUACAGGCGGGCAGCCGCUGGGGGUGGAGGUGGCUGGGGCCAUGGCUGGGGUCGCGUGCUUGGGAAAAACUGCGGACGCUGAUGAAUGGUGCGACAGCGGCCUGGGUUCUCUGGGUCCGGACGCAGCGGCCCCCGGGGGACCAGGGCUGUCUUGGGCGCCCCUUGUCUUUGGCUACGUCACUGAGGAUGGGGACACGGCACUGCACUUGGCUGUGAUUCAUCAGCAUGAACCAUUCCUAGAUUUCCUUUUAGGCUUCUCAGCAGGGACCGAGUACCUGGACCUGCAGAAUGACCUAGGCCAGACAGCUCUGCACCUGGCAGCCAUCCUGGGAGAGUCAUCUACGGUGGAGAAGUUGUAUGCAGCGGGCUCUAGGUUGUGCGUGGCAGAGCGUGGGGGUCACACAGCGCUGCAUCUGGCUUGCCGAGUGGGGGCACAUGCCUGUGCACGGGCACUGCUCCAGCCCCGCCCCCAGCGGCCCAGGGAAGCCCUUGACACCUACCUGGCUCAGGACCCUGACUACAUCCCUGUCACCGACCACACCCCUGAUACCGACUACAGCCCUGUUGUCCUGUACCCCGAAUCUGACUUGGAGAAGGAAGAAGAGAGUGAAGAGGACUGGAAGCUGCAGCUGGAAGCUGAAAACUAUGAUGGCCAUACCCCACUCCAUGUGGCCAUCAUCCACAAAGAUGCAGAGAUGGUCCAGCUACUCCAAGAAGCUGGAGCUGACCUCAACAAACCGGAGCCCACAUGUGGCCGGAGCCCCCUGCACUUGGCAGUGGAGGCCCAAGCAGCUGAUGUGCUGGAGCUCCUCUUGAGGGCAGGAGCGGACCCUGCUGUCCGCAUGUAUGGUGGCCGUACCCCACUGGGCAGUGCCACCCUCCGACCCAACCCCAUACUUGCCCGCCUCCUACGUGCACAUGGAGCCCCUGAGCCCGAGGAUGAAGAUGACAAGCCUGGCCCCAGCAGCAGCAGUAGUGACAGUGACAGCGACAGCAGGGAUGAGGGCGAUGAAUACGACGACAUCGUGGUCCACAGAGGGCAGAGCCGAAACCGGUUACCUCCCACUCCAGCCUCAAAACCUCCUGAUGACCCUGGCCCUGUCUGAUUUGUUUAAUUUUUAAUAUAGUUUCCAGUUUAAUAAAAUUCUAAUUCUGAUAACCAGAG